AUGGGGAACUGUAGUCUUAAGAUUGAGAAGUUGGACAUGUCGCACAACCAGGAAAGACUUUAUCCAUGGGUGGAUAAGAACCCGAUUACCUCCUACCAUACACAGGAUUUCACUUUUAAUGAUAAAACAACUCAACUUAUUGUUUCAGACCAAGCCCAGGACCCACAACUGAGCGUCAUUGGUAUCCCCAGAGUGGGAGAGCAGAGCACAGUGUCCUGCAGAGUGCGCCAUACAUGUAUUUCUGCUAUCCCCACCCUGAGUCUAACAGGCAUACCCGGAACUGACAACUUCAUGGACACUCUGGUAUCUGAUGAGAUUUGGGAGAGGAAAGUGGAGCGAACAUGGACUGUAACAGAGGAUAACCAGGAUGUGACGUGUAGUGUUAGGUACCAAGGUGGUCAGACAGCCACAAAUAAGCUCAAGCUCAAUGUCGAAUGUCCAUUUAAAGAUAUCAAGAUGGAUGAGUGGCAAGGCGAGGCAACAGAGGGUGUGGCAAAAAGUGUGAUAUGCUCUGUGUCCUACACGUGCAAGAAAAAUACACCAGCCAUCGUGUGGAAUUAUGAAAACAUGCAGAGUUCAUCACAUACUGACCAAAUCUCCAGCAACACCUUUAAAACUGUGUCAAAUCUAACCUUCAUUGGCUCUCUAGAGGAUGAAGGUAAAUCUUUGACCUGCACUGCUCGGUUUAUGACUGGGGAGACCUCAGGCUCUGCAGUCCUUCAUAUAAAAAAAUAUGUGGAACCAGUUGAAGAAACGGAUCCACAUGAAAAAGACAUGCUAAGCAAUCUGGCUGCUGCCGUCCCUUCCAGAUUCAAGGCUCUUACACGCUCCUGUGUGGUGAUUCCCUGCAGCUUCCAGCACCACGACCAUCUGCCUAUGACACGUGGGAUCUGGUCCAAAAAAGCUGGGGGUGUUGUCUAUCAUAAUGGCCGGAGCAAUGUGCUUGACCAUUUCAAAGAUCGCACCAAAAUAUUAGGAGACUUGAGCGAGGGAAAUUGCACACUUGAGAUUGAUGACAUCAAGCCCUUUGACAAUGGGCCCUUCUGUUUCCAUGCAGAGAGAGAAAACGACAAAUACAAAUUCAACAACAGCUGUGUUUUUAUUAUUAUGAAAGCUUCCCCAGAAAAGCCAGUGAUAACACCAGUCCCAGCAGAAGUCGAUGCUGGCUCAACAGUCUCUGUCUCGUGUUCUGUAAUACACACGUGUCCCUCACAUCCUCCAGUGUUUUCAUGGAGUGUCCCUCACCUCACCAGUGAGAUCACACACACUGAGACACCACAAAGCAUCUGGAAUACAACUUCCACCAUCACUUUCAUGGCUGCUGGAGGAGACGGAGUCCAAAGCCUAAACUGUACUGCCACUUUCUGGCUCGGCAAGCAACAAGUCAGCACAGUCAAACUGAACGUGAAAGGAUCCCUGACGUACGAGUUGAGAAGAACUCUCCCAGUAGCUAUCCCAGUCUCAAUUCUAGUUUUGAUUAUAAUCACCUUAGCUGCAGUGUUUGGAGUGGUCAUCUAUAGGAAAAGGAGGCAUACUAAUGACUCUCUAAGACCACCACCUCGGCCUGAGAAAAGGAGAUCGCUAUGGGGUAGAUUAUCCAGGAGGUCCAUUUGGAGCAGAUUUUCCCGUAGAGUGGAUGAUGAUCACGUUUGUUGGCAAGCUGAGAGACCCAGGUAG